AUGAGGGUAAUCAUAACGUCGUUAUCGUCCCAGGUCAAUUUCGCGUACAAAUUUGUACAUCUAGUUCUUCCUAAUCCCGAUUUAUGGAACAUCUUAGGAUCCAAAUUGGGGCGCGUUCAAUGCCAUGACCGUCAAAAGGCCCGACAUGAGCCCGGCGCAAGGAAGACUCGAAGGAGUAGUACUACCACCGGCUCAGUCUCAUUCAAAUCAUCCUACCGCCCUAUUUUACCGUCAUCAUGUCGCCCGGUGGACUCAUCGACCGCCUCCAGGCCUCCCAUCCAGCAGAAGAUUGAGCUCUUCCGCCUCGAGCAGCGGUAUACCCGCCGUCGCAACCGUCGCUCCACCUUCCAGUCCAGUGCCGUCUAUGUUGAUGGCGAGUAUGUCUACCAGACCCCCAACUCGACUGGCUCGUCUACCUCCACCUCCGACUCGGGCCGCAUCAAUGCCCUUCACACCGCCGAGCCCGUUGGCACCCCCGUCACCUCUACGCCUCUCAAGGAGAAGAGGUUGAGCAGGCGCAUCUCCAGCCUUGCGGGCUUCAACUCCGUUGGCAAGGCCCAGGGCGCGAGGCAAGACUGGGGCACGAGUGUCAGUGUUGCUGAGGUUCAGCAGCGGUAG